CGCUUACUUCCUGCCCCGCCUGCCCGCCAAUACCUAACUGCCUAUACAAAUGUAAUACAGUGGACAUCCGCGCACUAAUAAACCGCCCCGGCAGCCUUACUCUCCAUACCUGGUAGUGUACCUGCCUCUGCCUGUUAGGUACAUAUAGAUAGUAGACAUUACACUAGGCUUAUCGGUGACUGUAUCAGUGCAUCAGUACAUCAGUGGCUCAGUCCAAGUCAUUUGAGUUGCUUUGCCAUAAGGUACAUUAUAAAUUUGGUCAUCAAACCCAAAUCACCUGGGCUCUGAGCUGCUACAGUGCUACUUGCGGUGCUGCGACCGGAAAGGUUGCCUUGGAUUUAGCACGACUCCUUCCCCCCCACCGCAAACCAAACUCGUGCCUCUCCAACCUUUAACCUAAACUUCAACACCUUUACCAAACCAGAACCAUCCAUCAUCAUCAUCUUCAUCUCCAUCUCCAUCAAACAAAGGCACUGAAACGGAAUCAUCUUCUACUGUCUGCCAUCUUCUAUUUUUCUAAUUCAUCUUUUCUUAUUUUAAUACGCCCGCCGUUCUUCUUACUCGUCUCCCAAUAGACCGUCCCAUUAUCACCAACAAACGACACUGUCAAGAUGCGAUCCAAGUUUAAGGACGAGCACCCCUUUGAGAAGCGCAAGGCCGAAGCCGAGCGCAUCCGCCAGAAAUAUGCCGACCGCAUUCCAGUUAUUUGCGAGAAGGUCGAGAAAUCAGACAUCGCAACCAUCGACAAGAAGAAGUAUCUCGUACCCGCCGAUCUUACCGUAGGCCAGUUUGUCUACGUAAUCCGAAAGCGCAUUAAGCUGUCCCCGGAGAAGGCCAUCUUCAUCUUCGUCGAUGAGGUCCUCCCUCCGACCGCUGCUCUCAUGAGUAGCAUUUACGAGGAGCACAAGGAUGAAGACGGAUUCCUCUACAUAACUUACUCAGGCGAGAACACUUUCGGCGACGCCGCUUAAGACGUACACUUUCUCAGAUUUCCCCCCAACGGCGUUAACGGUUUAUCUCUGGCUGGACAACAACGAUGUGAUUAUUAGUGGUGAUGAAUUAUGGAUAGGGACAGGAAUAGUUACGACGGAUGACUGAUAGGGGUUGCGUCUGUCUGCCUAGUCACAUCGCGUUCCCAAGUGUGUAGAUGACAAUUAGAUGCACCCUUUUUGAUUUCAUAUAAUCAAUAUCAGUGUGGCCUGUCCAUCAAUCCAUCCUAUGCAGAGCCUAGGGUGACUUGCAUAAACGAGCAUUUGCUAUCAAAUCCGUCAAAGCAUCGGACCACGGUACACCGCUUGCGUUCUCUAACAGACGCUUUCUUAGAUAACCUACUCUGUGCAUAGCUUCGCAGGCCUCCCUCUGGGCACGGUCCUGUCAUAUAUGGUUCCUUAUUGUUUAAAGCGUUUGAAUAAACUCUAGCUUCAUUUUGUUGAAACAAGUUAAAUAAGAUAUAAUAGGUCCUAACCGAUAUUUUAUAUACUUGGAUAUCUCUAAUAGCCACGCUUCAAUCACAUGUUGCCAGAUUAUGUAGACAGCUACGAAAAAAGCUUGCCGCCGUGUCAUCCGUAAAAGUAAAUACUUGCGCUUUCUAUAUUAGAGUCGUGGGAUUUAGCAGUAUCGUGCCUCCCGAUCUAUGAUCACGAGGACUCUAGAAGGAACUAUACUAAUAUCAGUCCCUUCUCUUAUUCUGU